AUGGCGCAUCACUGGCAGUCGAAUGUUAACUUUAAACAUGUCGGCGUCGAUGAUAUGGUUUUGCUGAGUCGAUUGUCGGAAGACUCGAUCACCGAUAAUUUGAAGAAACGCUUCCACGCCAAUGAGAUUUUUACAUACAUCGGUCCGGUGUUGAUCUCAGUGAAUCCUUUUAAGCAAAUGCCCUAUUUCACCGAGAAGGAAAUGGAUUUGUAUCAGGGAGCCACACAAUACGAGAAUCCGCCUCACAUUUAUGCGCUAGCCGAUAAUAUGUUCAGAAACAUGCUGAUCGAUCAAGAGAGUCAAUGUGUGAUCAUUUCCGGAGAAUCGGGAGCCGGGAAAACGGUCGCCGCCAAGUACAUCAUGAACUAUAUCAGUCGGAUAUCGGGUGGCGGGAAAGCUGUACAGCAUGUAAAAGACGUGAUCCUUCAAUCGAAUCCACUCUUAGAGGCAUUCGGGAACAGUGCCACAAUUCGCAACUGGAACUCGUCCCGUUUCGGCAAAUAUGUUGAGAUUGUUUUCAGCGUCGGUGGGCAACCGAUCGGAGGGAAACUCUCGAAUUUCCUUCUCGAAAAGUCACGGGUCGUCUCGCAGAAUAAAGGCGAUCGAAAUUUCCAUAUUUUCUAUCAAUUGCUCUCGGGAGCCGAUCAGAAUUUGAGAAAAAAUCUUGGCAUCGGUGAGCUUUCGUAUUACAAUUAUCUCAAUCAAAGUGGUGUGAUGAAAGCGCAUGACACGGAUGAUGCAAAGGAAUUUCAAAGCACUUUGCAUGCGAUGAAAGUGAUCGGCAUCAACGAAGAGCAACAAUUGGACAUUAUGCGAUUGGUUUCCGCCGUGUUACACGUGGGAAAUAUCACUUUCCGAGAAGAGGGAAACUAUGCGGCGAUUGAAAGCGAUGAUUUCCUCGAAUUCCCCGCAUUUCUGCUUGGACUCACCGCGGAAGCGAUCAAGGAAAAACUCACGACAAGACGAAUGGAAUCUCGUUGGGGAAAUAAACAGGAAACGAUAAAUAUGCAAUUGAAUGUGGAGCAAGCGAAUUACACAAGGGAUGCAUGGGUGAAAUCGAUUUACUCGAGAAUGUUCGACUUUCUUGUGCAAUCGGUGAACGACGCAAUGAAGAUCCCUGCCUCAUCAAAUUCGUUUUCGAUUGGCAUUUUGGAUAUUUACGGCUUCGAGAUAUUUGAUCAUAACGGUUUCGAACAAUUUUGCAUCAAUUAUGUGAACGAAAAACUACAGCAAAUCUUCAUCGAAUUGACGCUGAAAGCUGAGCAAGAAGAAUAUGUAAAGGAAGGCAUAAAAUGGACGGAAAUCGAGUAUUUUAAUAAUAAAAUCGUUUGCGAGCUGAUCGAGGAAAAGCGACCGCCAGGCUCGUUUUUUUAUACUCAAAUUCACAUAUUUAGAUGUAUCAUGUCAUUAUUGGAUGAUACGUGUGCACAGAAUCAUGGCACUUCGGAAGGAGUUGAUACGCAGUUGUUGUCGACUCUCUCGAAAUCCGUUGCUCAUCACCCGCAUUUUGCCACCGGCGCUGACUCGUUCGUCAUUCGACAUUAUGCGGGAAAUGUCACCUACAGUAUUGAUGGUUUCUGCGAUCGAAAUCGUGACGUUCUCUACUCGGAUUUGAUUCAACUAAUGCAACAAAGCAAUAAUCAAUUCGCUAGAAAUCUUUUCCCGGAUCAGAUCCAACAGGGGAAACGCCCGACGACCGUUUCCAUAAAGAUUCGAACCCAAGCCAAUGAGUUAGUCUCAUCGUUGAUGAAAUGCACACCGCAUUACGUUCGCUGUAUAAAACCGAAUGAGACAAAGAAAGCCGGCGAUUGGGAAGAAGAAAGAGUCCAUCACCAGGUCGUUUAUUUGGGACUAAAGGAGAAUAUUCGAGUGCGACGAGCUGGAUACGCAUAUCGACGACCGUUCGAGAAAUUUCUGUGGAGAUAUGCCAUUUUAACCGAACAGACAUGGCCCACAUAUCGCGGAGAUCCAAAACAGGGAUGCGAGAUCAUUUGUCGCAGUGUGAAGCUCGAUCCAGAUCAAUUUCAAAUGGGACGCUCGAAAGUUUUCAUCAAAAAUCCGGAAUCGCUAUUCUUGCUGGAGGAGGUACGCGAGAGGAAAUACGAUGGUUUCGCAAGGAAAAUCCAGAAAGCGUGGAGAAGACACAAUGCUAGGAGACAUCAUGUCAAGAUGAAGGAGCAAGCCAGCGAUUUAUUGUACGGGAAAAAGGAGCGUCGUCGUUUCUCAUUGAAUCGAAAUUUCGUUGGGGAUUACAUUGGAAUCGAACAUCAUCCAGCUCUACAAGUUCUUGUCGGGAAACGCGAACGGAUCGAUUUCGCCACAACGUGCAACAAAUACGAUCGACGUUUUAAGAUAUCAAAAUUGGACAUGAUCAUCACAGCAAAACAUCUGAAUUUGAUUGGACGUGAAAAAGUGGCAAAAGGACCGCAAAAGGGGCAACUGGUCGAGGUGUUGAAGAGACAAAUCCCCCUCGAUCGAAUCCAGUCAAUCGGCCUUUCUCCAUAUCAAGACGAUUUUGUGAUCCUUUACGUGAGAGAAGAUUACACGUCACUCCUCGAAACACCAUUUAAAACCGAAUUCUUGACAACGUUGAGCAAAAAGUACAAAGAGAAAACGAACGGCGGAACGCUGGCGCUAGAGUUCAAGACGGCGCACACGAUAACGCUGAAGAAAACCCGUUUUGGUGGCGGACAUCGAAUCGUGAAUUUCUCGUGUAAUCCAAAUGGAUCAGCGAAAGCGCUCUUGACACAUAAUGGGAAAACGUUGACGGUGAUGGUUGGACCGGGAGAGCCAAAUACGACAAGACCCCGAACGACGCGUCCUGAAGGCGGAUACCAGCGUCAGACGCAGGGUAGACGAUCGACGAAGAAAGCGCCCAGUCGACCGGCGCAGCCACAAAUGGGAAUGGCGGCUGGGUAUCAGAAUAACCCACCAAGCUCGCUGGGCGUCAAUGAGUACGAGGUGGAGCCGAGAAGAAGCGGAUACUCCACCGCUCCAGCAGCGCCGGCUCAUGGCGGGCACAAGAAUGCCAAUGGAUCUGGAGUCACUGGGCCAUCGAUUGGUGGAAUUGCAACUCCAUUGGCUGGGCUCAACAUUGGACAGCAACAAUUGCAGCCGACAAAUGCGGUUCGCCCUGCGCCUCGUCCAAACAAACCUCGUCCCCCAGUAAAGCCAAAACUUCUCCCAACAGUCACCGCUCUUUACGCAUAUGAUGCACAGGAUACAGAUGAGCUGAGCUUCGAAAUUGGACAAGAGAUUGAACUCGUGCAGAAGCACGAUUCUGGCUGGUGGCAAGGGAAAGUCGGGACACAAGUCGGGCUAUUUCCGAGCAAUUACGUCAAGGAA